GUCUAUUUUUCCUGUCAAGUCCAAGACUUUCCUUCCCAUCUACUGCAACUACUCUAGUGCUGAAGUCUUGUUCUUCAUCCCUCCCCCAAAUCUCUACCUUUUGGAUUCCUUCAUUUUCCCUCAAAGCUAGAGAAGGAGAAGAGUGUGCCACUUCCGCUACCUCGGCUUCACUGGUAAUGCGGGCUUUCUCUCUCUUGCCUAUGUUUACUCUUCUUGUUCUCCAGCAUGCAAUGUCGUUCCCCCCUUCGUGGACAAUGCUAGAUUUAUGUUGAGCUGGGUGGCACAUCAAACUUACAGCAGAAAUGGGUUCUGGGAAUUGGAUUAAGACAAUGAUUAACUUGAAGAAGGGGAAGAAUGGCCAUUUGAAGCAAUUGAAGGGUUCUUCAUCACCGUCUGUGAAAUCGAAUGGCUUCAAAUCGAAGUAUCUGCAGAGCAAAGAUUCAGCUGCUUCUCCCAAUGGUCAUGGCAAUGAAGAAUUGGCUGCCACUCGCAUUCAAACUGCAUUCCGUGCAUAUAGAGCGAGGAAAGCCUUACGCCGCCUAAGAGGGACUGUGAAAUUACAGUCCCGAACCAAGCAUCAAUCCAUUCUGAAGCAAGCUAAUUCCACAUUGAAUCACCUUCAUCUAUGGAGCAGCCUGCAGACCCAGAUUAGAAAUCGCCGCUUGUUUAUGGUCACCGAAGGUCGUUCAAGGCAGAAGAAGUUGGAGAAUCAACUUAAACUUGAGGCAAAACUUCAUGACCUAGUGGUGGAAUGGAACAGUGGGGGUGAUACAAUGGAGGAGAUUCUUGCAAGAGUACAUCAAAGGGAAGAAGCAGCAGUGAAGCGGGAAAGGGCAAUGGCAUAUGCCUUCUCUCACCAGUGGAGGGCAAAUUGUAACCAGAGCCUUGGUAGCUAUGAGGUUGGGAAGUCUAACUGGGGAUGGAGCUGGAUUGACCGCUGGAUCGCUGCUCGUCCAUGGGAGAGCCGUGUCCCCUUGAAGUCCAUCAGCCCAAAGAAAGCUCAGAUCAACAAGCAGGCUAACAAGGGUAGUAAGAAUGCAACUUCACCUGCAGCAAAAACGCCAACCAUAGCUUCUAAACCACCAAUGCCCAAUGCAGCUCUAAAAGCCAGGAGGUUAACUUAUCCGGUUACCGGGAAACAAGCCACAACACUCCAUGGAAGCAGGAAAGGUGGAAUGGGAGAGGCUAAAAAGGAGCAGCUGGUGCUGGCAUCUUAGUGUGUUCUUGUUCUGGUCUCUUUCCGAGUGAAAUUGCUUUCAUUCUUUGUCGGGUUUUUUUCAAUAGGUAAGUCUCAUUUCUGAUUAUGGUUCUAUGAGUGGUGUGCUAUCCUUCUGCUUGUGAAUGCGCGGUAUAUAACUGAGAAAGCCUUGAGAGUUCAUCUGCUUCAUCAUUUUUCCUCCUCUUACCCUAUACACCAUGUCAAAACAUGGGUUCACUUUGUAUUUAUAUAUACUGUAAAUAGAUGGAAACAUUUUGUUUUGGGGGUGCAAUGUUAAAUGCAUUUUUAUUUGAAAGCUUAUGCCAUUGAAGACGGUUUCGACCGGUGAGGAUGCAGUCAUGCUGUGGCCAUCAACAAUAUAGGGGAAUGGUAAAUGAUGAAAAGAGAAAGGAAAAUAUGUAGCCGUGUCUGCUUAUAAGUUUCUGG